AUGGGGGCUAAGAAGUCAUCGUCCUUCUCCUUUUGUGGCAUGUUCAAGGCCUGUUUCUCUAACAGCAAAGAUGAUUACUACUAUAAUUACGAUGAUAAUAGUAGAAGGCACUUUGCAAGUGAUGAGGAUAGAGGGCGUUGGGUUGCUGAGCCUGGUAUUGACAGAAAAGCAUCUGCUUUCAUUGCUAGAUUCUAUGCCUCACGAGUCAGUGACUCUGAGCACCAAAUUGCAUCCUGA